CCAUGAGCGUUAUCCAGUAGGAAGUGUGUGCAUAUUCCACCAGGCAUUUGGUUCUUGUCCAGGGCUUCAGGCAAAGCUGUGUGGAGAGGAAAUGAAGAGUGAGAAUGAAACCUUUUUAGCAGACUUCGUUCUGCUGGGAUUCCUGAGACGGACCAGUGUACACAUGUUCCCCAUGGCCAUGAUCUUAUUAGCUUUCAUCGCUGCCUUGUCUGGGAAUGCUCUCCUCAUACUUCUAAUCCAAGUGGAUUCCUCCCUUCACUCCCCCAUGUAUUUCUUCCUCAGACAAUUGGCCUUCAUGGACAUCUGUCAGACACUGAUAAUUGUCCCCAAAAUGUUAGCUGACUUCCUGAUCCCAGGCAACCCCAUUUCUCCAGCUGGCUGUGGGGCUCAGAUUUUCCUUGUGCUGACCAUGGGUGUAUCAGAGUGCCUCCUCCUGGCAGUCAUGGCUUAUGACAGGUACAUAGCGAUCUGCAACCCCUUGCAGUACCCCAUCCUCAUGAGCAGGAACAUCUGCUUUCUUUUAUCAGCUGGGGUCUGGAUGGCAGCAUCAGUAAAUGCCCUGUUUCACACAGUGUUUACACUGGCUCUCCCCUACUGUGGCUCCAAAGAGAUUGACCACUUCUUCUGUGAGGUCCCAGCCCUGCUCAAAUUGUCCUGCUCUGACACCUCUCGAUAUGAGACUCUGCUGUAUGUGACUGGCAUUGUUGUGCUCCUCAUCCCUUCUUCCCUUAUACUAGCCACUUACACUUGUAUCCUCUCCAGGGUCCUGAGAAUGAAGUCAACUAAGGGACAGCAGAAAGCUCUGGCCACCUGCUCCUCCCAUCUGACUGUGGUGGUCAUGUUUUACGGGGCAGUCAUCUUCAUGUACAUGAGACCCAGCUCCUACCACUCUCCAGAGCAAGACAAGAUUGUGUCUCUGUUUUACACUAUUGUCCCCCCAGUACUCAAUCCACUCAUCUACAGCCUGAGAAACAGGGAUGUCUUACAUGCCCUCAGAAAGUGGAUUGGGAAAUGCAGAGACUUCCAGCAAGAUUGACAGAAGUUGUAGCCUGCCCAGGGGAGGGGGAGAGAGAGACUUGUGUGCUGCUCAGCCCAUUGCAGAGCCUGGCAGCCCUAACUGUAAAGUAAUGUCUCUGAUGUCCAGCCUGAACCUUCUCUCUAACACUUUUUGGCUGCUCUUCCUAGUAACCCUGGGUGGUGCCUGGGGGAACAGAGCCUCCCCCAAUUCCCUCUGGUCCAAGCUGGUAAGUUUGUAAGUUGCCACCAGAUCCCCUCUCAGCCUUCUCUUGUGGACACUGAAUAGUUUCAGGCCCUUUAUCCUCUCCUCAUGGGGCCUGCCCCACUACCCCUUUACCAUUCAGGUGGCCCUCUUCUGGACCCUCUUGAUGCUGUCCACAUCCCUCCUGAAGCGCAGCACACAGAACUGGAUGCAGGACUCCAACUGCAGCCUGACCAGAGCUGCAUAGAGGGGAAUGAUCACCUCCCUAGACCUGGUUGUGGUGUAUCUGUAGAUGCAUGACAAGGUGCGGUUAGCCUUGCUGACCUCUUCCUCACUUUGACGGCUCAUGUUCAUCCUGCAGUCAACAAUGACUCCAAGAUCACUGUUUGCCACCGUGUUGACAAGAAGGGUGUUUCCCAGCCUGUAGGUGUGUUUCUGGUUCCUUCUCCCUAGAUGCAGCACCUUGCCCUUGUCUGUGUUGAAGUCCAUCCUAUUCUCAUCCGUCCACCUCUGUAUCCUGCCUAGAUCUACCUGGAUUCUGUCCCUCCCCUCCAGCGUGCCCACCUCACCCCACAACUUGGUGUCAUCAGCAAAUUUGGACAGCGUGCUUUUUCGUUUCCCACAAUCACCAGAUUGCCAAGCAUAGCCUGUAGCAACCUCAUGCUACCCAGUGCCUUCUCCUUACUUCCUAUGUAUUUGAAAAAGGACUUUAUAUUAUCCUUAAUUCUGGUCAGUAGCCCGAGCUCCAUCUCUGUCUUGGCCUACCUAACAGCCUCCCUGAUUAACCUGUUCUAUUUAGCAGAAAUUUUAGGUUAACCUGUUCUAUUUAGCAGCUUUAUUCAUGAAAAAGGAUACUCCUUUGGCACGUCAAGGUGAAAUAGGAUUUAGCUCUAAGUAUCCUGGUGAGGUCACAGCUUGCCUUGACUUUGGUCCCUGCUCCCAACCCCUUUUCCUGCACCUCUGUUCUCUGAGCCUGGUUUCUGACAUUUGAUUUCUUCCUGAUUAUGGCUCAGCUCCUGACUCUGGACUACUCCUGGGCCAGCCCUCUCUCUUAACUUCUGAUUCUAGCCCCUAAUGCUGGCCUAUUCCUGAGCUACUGAUUACGGUCCCUGGCCAUGUCUCUAAUCAUGAAGGCUGACCACCCAUGUCCUGGGCACCGACAUCUAGUAGAGAGAGAAGGACGCUAGUCUAAUCAAUGCCUGAAUGUGUCAGAAACUUCACAAAGUCAAAUAAAGAUACUCUGAGAUCCAGAAAGCAUGAACACUCAAAAAGGCAAAGACAUGAGUAGGCUGAUGUAGAACAAAGAGGAGAAGAAAAUUUAAUUAAAGUUCAUAAUGGUUUCAAUAAAUGA